CUUGGUAGGCAUACCAGCUACAUGGAAGCAGGAAACCACACAGAAGUCUCAGAAUUCCUCCUCCUGGGUCUCUCAGAGGAUCCUGAACUGCAGUCCCUGCUCUUUGGAGUGUCCCUGUCCAUGUACUUGGUCACUGUGCUUGGGAACCUGCUCAUCAUCCUGGCCGUCAGCUCUGACUCCCGCCUCCACACCCCUAUGUACUUCUUCCUCUCCAACCUGUCCUUUGUAGACAUCUGCUUCAUUUCUACCACCAUCCCGAAGAUGCUAGUGAACAUUCAGGCACAGAGCACAGACAUUUCCUACAUAGGAUGCCUCGCUCAGGUGUGUUUUUCUACAAUUUUUGCUGGAAUGGAUAAUUGCCUUCUGAGUGUGAUGGCAUAUGACCGGUUUGUGGCCAUCUGCCAUCCCCUGCAUUACAUGGUCAUCAUGAACCCACGCCUUUGUGGCCUCCUGGUCCUGAUGUCUUGGUUCAUCAUUUUAUCUGUCUCCUUGAUUGAUAUCCUACUGAUGAUGCAGCUAACCUUCUGCAUAGGCACUGAAAUUCCAAAUUUCUUCUGUGAACUGGUUCAGGUUCUCAGGGUGGCCUGUUCUGACACCCUCAUCAAUAACAUCUUCUUGUAUGUGGCCACUGCCCUGCUGGGUGUGUUUCCUCUCACUGGGAUCAUCUUUUCUUACUCUCAGAUUGUCUUCUCUUUAAUGAGAAUGUCCUCUGCAGGAGGAAAAUAUAAAGCAUUUUCCACCUGUGGGUCUCACCUCUCUGCAGUUACCUUGUUCUAUGGGACAGGCCUGGGGGUCUACUUAAGUUCUGCUGUGACCCAUUCUUCCCAGAGAAGCUCAAUUGCCUCAGUGAUGUACACCGUGGUCACCCCCAUGCUGAACCCCUUCAUCUACAGUUUGAGGAACAAGGAUGUAAAGGGAGCCCUGGGAAGGCUCCUUGGCUCAGUAGCCUCUAGUCCAUGA